CAACAUUCUAAUGACCACCACAUGAAGGCUUACCUCUCACUCUCUUUCCCUCAGUCUCUCUCUGUCACACAUACUCUCUUCCUCUUUAGCCGAGGAAGCAAGAAGGGAGGCAUCUGAGCGUGAGAAUCGCGCCAUGGAGGAGCAGCUGGUAGUCCAGGAGAGGUUGAGAGCGGACCAGCAGAGGACAUAUGAGGAAAAUGUGAACCAGUUGAUGGACAGGAUGGAGAGAGACAGCAGAAAUGCCGUCGCAGAGCACAAUAGAGUUCUGCAGGCCAGACUCAAGGAGCAGAGUGACCUCCUCCAGCAAGGAUUUGAUGACAAAGCAAGCCAAAUGCAAAGAGAGAUAGAUGCCCUUAAGGAUGCGAAGGCACAAGAGGAAGAGAAUAGGCCGUCAUUCAUUAGCAAGGCUCUGGAUACUGUUGGGACUGCAGCUACAAUGUUCCUACCAGGAAUAUUCCCCAAACUUGAAGGAAUGGCUGUGAAAUUCUUUUCAAAGUUGUUCUGAUGAAAGUUCUCGAGG